CGGAGAGAGAGUAAAAGCGCUCUGUAGGUCAGCCUCCUCCCAGAGGCAAUUAUUGCCGAGGAACGCCUCUAAAUAACAGAUUCCUAAAAAUUUCCCUGUUACAGUUUACUUCCCCUUGGUUUUAGUUCGCCAUGAACGCGGAGAAGAAAGCUGCAAACGCUUUGGGUGCAAAGACAGCAAGGGCAUGCGACAGCUGCCUACGUAAACGAGCCCGCUGGUUCUGCGCUGCUGACGAUGCCUUCCUCUGCCAAGCCUGCGACGCUUCUGUGCACUCGGCUAACCCUUUGGCACAACGCCAUGAGAGGCUACGUCUCAAGACAGCAUCGCUCAAGCCUGGUGGUGGCAGCGGCAGUGGCGAAAACAAUGUUGUAGAGCCUUUGCCUGCAUGGCACCAGGGGUUCCGCCGCAAGGCACGCACUCCACGCCACUCAAAGGCAACUACUACCAACGAGCUGCAGGUGCCAAAGAUCGAGCCGAUGCCAAACCCACUCCUAGUGCCGGAGCUGGGCAGCGAUGAGCCAUCACUGGAUGAAAAUGAAGAGCAGCUUCUCUACCGUGUUCCCAUCUUUGAUCCUGAGGUGGCUGAAUUCUGCACCUCGUCUGUUGCGGAGACUGCCUCUAAUGGGGUUACUGCUGCUGCUGCUACUGCUGCUGCUUUUGUUCAAGAAUUGAAGCCUGUGAUUUCUCCUGACUAUGUAGAAGCCACAGCAGCUGCUGUUGAUGCACUACCUGGAUUUCUUCCAUCUGAUGUAGAUUUAGCAGAGUUCGCUGCAGACGUAGAGAGCUUACUGGGCACAGGGAUUGAUCAGGACUCCUUUUGCAUGCAAGGGUUGGGGCUGUUGGAAUCAAAAGAGGAGGAAGACAUGGAUUGCUGUUUCGAGAAGAAAGGAAGGGUGAAAGUAGAGGAAGAAGAGGAAGAUGAAGACACAGUGGGCUACGCUGUUUGCCAUGUAGAUGCAGAACUGGAUCUGUCGAGGGACACUUUGGACUUGAAUUUUGAUUAUGCGUCGACGGGAGAAGAGGAGGAAGAGGAGGUGAAAGUGGGAGCGAUGAACAGGUACAGAAGCACAGAAGAGGAGGAGAGUAAGAGAAUAUCACUUACACUCAACUAUGAUGCGGUCAUCACUGCCUGGGCUAGCCAGGGCUCGCCAUGGACCACCGGUGAUAGGCCCCACAUCAAUCCUGAUGACUGCUGGCCUGACUGUAUGGGUACAUGUUUUCCGGAUCUUCGCCAGUAUGGAGGAGACGCAGGAGUCGGGGGACAAGUGACGGUGGGAGAUGGAGGGAGGGAGGCCAGGGUUUCUAGAUAUAGAGAGAAGCGUCGGACACGGCUUUUCUCAAAGAAGAUCAGGUACGAGGUCCGAAAAUUGAAUGCCGAGAAGAGACCGAGGAUGAAAGGUCGAUUUGUGAAGAGGGCGUCGUUUGCCGGGCCUGCUUUUCCAUUCUAAGAAUAAUCAGACUAAAAUAAUCGUCGCUUCUUCCAUCUAAUGGCAAGCUGGUCAAUUUCCUGUAUAAGGAAUGACCCAAGAGGUGUACCAAUCCAGGUGUCUCCCGUCCCUAAAUAAAACCCAUAUAUAUAUAUAUAUAUAUAUAUAUACACUCUCUCUCUCUCUCUCUCUCUCUCUCUCCUCGGAGCUUAUGCAUGGCACUGCAAAAGGAAUAUUUUGGCAAACGGGAAAGCCGGAGGUUUUCAUUAUUUACAUGUUUUCAUGUACAGCGGCGAGUAGGAACAAAAGGCAGCAAAGCUAAUUUUUCCAGUUCGUACAAAAGUGGUGAUCCCCCAAAAGUUUGAGGUGCUUGUUACAAUAAAUCCCAUACCAUUUUUUU